GUAUCACGUGAUAUUAGUACCGGAAAGUCCAGCAAGCUUUCGUUCCAGUCGUUUUCUGACGUUAUUUUAAGUUAGACAUGAGCUCUAAGAGCAGACGAGCUCGAGAAACGAGAAAGAGAGCUCAGUCUUACGUCGACGGUGUCGGUGAGUCUUCAUGUGCAUCCAAGUCUACGAGAUCCUACGGUAGGAGACAAAACCUAGUGAAAGAAUUGGAAAAUCGAGAUAAAGUUGUAAAGGAUUACGACGAUUUUGCCAUACUUAGAGAUAAACAUCCCAAGGCGAGACAUCACUAUCUGAUGGUAGUAAAGGCUGCAAAUCUUCACGGUCCUGAGAAUCUCAAAAGACGUCACAUCUCGCUGCUGGAGAGUAUGCUGGAGAAAGGCCAGCAGUAUGUUGACGAGAUUAGAAAAAAAGAAAAGACAGCGCCGUUCCAACUUGGAUUUCACGCUGUCCCAAGUUUGGAUCGACUGCACAUGCACAUGAUCAGCAGAGAUUUCUACUCUCCAUGGAUGAAAAAAAAGAAACAUUGGCAUUCAUUUACUACAGUUCGUUUUAUAUUUGUAACUGAGGCUAUAAAGGAGUUGAAAGAGAACGGCAAACUUACGAUCAACAGACCGUAUUGUAAUGAUAUUUUGAAGUGGCCUUUGAAAUGCCAUGUUUGCAAUCUAGUUUGCAGAGAUAUGAAGACACUGAAAUCUCACAUUCCUCAACACCAUUGGAAUGAUAUCAUGUCUAGGCAGUCGUACAAGACUCCUACCCAACAUAUUGAUUCCCCGGAUGCUGCAUUUUUGCUCUUGAGACGUUUCGUGCUCAAGGAAGACAUGAGCUCUUCGCACGGUAGACCUCAAGAAAGGAGGAGGAGAGUACAUUCUUACGCGUACGGUGACUCUCAGCCCAAAAGAUCCGACAGAUGGAAACAAAACUUAUUGAGAGCAAUGGAGGAUCCAGCUCAAGUGGUAGAGACCUACGACGAUGUUGUCAUACUUAUAGAUGUGUAUCCCAAGGCAAAGCAUCACUACCUAGUGCUACCAAAACACGAAAAUUUGCAGACUCUUGAGGAUCUCAACAAAGGUCACGUGACCUUGCUUGAGAGUAUGCUGGAGAAAGGCCAGCGGCUUGUUGACAAGAUUCGAGGACAAAACGAUACGGCACCGUUUCAGCUUGGAUUCCACGCCGUCCCGAGUUUGGACAGGCUGCACAUGCACGUGAUCAGCAGAGACUUCGACUCUCCCAGCAUGAAACGACCCAAACAUUGGCAUUCGUUUACAACAGCUCGUUUCAUACCUGCAACUGAAGUUUUGCAGAAGUUGAAAGAAAGAGGCAGAAUUAGGAUUGACAGACAGUACUACGAUGAUAUUUUGAUGGAGCCCUUGACGUGCCACGUUUGCAAGAAACGCUACCCGGAUAUGGAGCGUCUAAAACAGCAUUUUCGUCAACAUGAUUGGAAGGAUGUCUAGUCUGCGUAACACACUUUUACUUGUUUUAAACGGUUUUAGAAUGCUUAUGCUGAACAUUUUGCUACUUACAUUUGCUAGAGUAUGGUUGACAUGUAUAUAGUCUAGUUGUUUUAUACAUGUAGGUUUGUAUCAUUCAUUUGCAG